GUGAUACGAGUUCGUGGUCCAAUCACAAGAGAUCAUACAAGUGUGUGGCCGAGGGCAGUGGUGUUGCUGGGUUCGGUGGAGAACGUUUAUCGUAAUGCUCGAGGUUGUCAGCGUGAGGUGGGAACUUUCAGUUCUCGGUGGUUUUGUUGCGACCAAAAAGAGACUCUAGAAUGUUACCAAAGACUUCUGUGGAGUUGAUCAUCUUGACGACAAUUUUCUGUACAUCAGCUGUUGAUGUUAGAACUUUUAACUGUGUAAAUUCCCAAAAACCGCACUAUUCUAACGAUAUUUAUCAUCCUCAGUGUGACGCUGACCCACCUAGAUGCACCUUGAAGGAUUCUCGUAGAGAGUUCCCUUGCAUAAUUGGGAACAUGAACCAGAGUCAGCCAGGAACAUGCAAGGCUGCCAAGACAAUGCUGAAGGAAAACAACAGUCAGAAACACAACUCAUCAAAACCUUGGACUAGUGGUGAAGGUCAGGAUCUAGAGUGUUACGCACGCUUGUCCAGCACAGACUUGUACGUUUUAACCUGCACAAAUCCUGAAGCGGAUAUACAUGAAGUGUCCUUGUCAUUCAGCUUCAAGAUUCCUGAUUGUAAUUUGGCAAAAUUAAAAGAGACACAAUCUGUGAUGGUGGACUUCAAUGGCAGAAAUGACAGUAUCAAAAACUACCACUCUGAACAUCCGACAUGUCGCACAUUCAAUUACACUGGAGCGACCUUUGAAGAAAGGGAUGUCAAAAAUUUUCCGCCUGUUCAGUAUGACUGUAUGGCAAUAGGGUUGAGAUAUGGCUAUCCACACACAUAUUACUUCUUGGCCCUUACUACUCUGCCUUCAGGCCACAUGCUCAACUACACAAUUGUCUUUGAAGAAGGGGAGUUCUUCAAAACUUGUUCCUACAGCCAAGCAGUCUUCCUAUGACCUUGUCAUGGAUUCCAAGACAAAGACAUUGAGGCUUCUGGCUGCUGCAUGGUUAUCACCCCAGGCAAUACAUGUUGUAUUUGUUCCCCUGAAGGAAGUUACUCUUUACCGGGUGGAUCUGAAAUCUGGACAAUGGAAUGCAUCAAAAAAUGUGAUGACAGCAGAGGCUAAAAUGGAAAAAAUCAUUUCAGGUGCCUCAGCAGUCCAGGUGACUGUAACCCCUAUUAGCAUGCAAAGUUUGUUCAAAUGCAAAUGGUGUAUGCUCAAACAUCAGCGUUACCUUGCAUCGGGAAGGCAACAGCUUUCUUGGACCACCACCACCGAAAAAAUUGCCAGAAAGAAUUUCGAACGAGGUCCUCUACAUUUGCAUCUUUGUUUCUCUGGAAUAAUUAUUUCCACUCUUAUCAUCUUCUUAUUGUGGAGACGUCGCAAAGGUCCUAAACAAGCAAUUUUUGUGAUAGGAGAAAGAGAGACAACUAGAAACAUUACUGGAGUUUUGGAAAAAUAUGCUAAGCUAACAUGGGUUGAAGAGUUGUCUUUGAGGGACGUCCCAAGUACUUUAAAGAUGUCUAAUCGAAUAUUCAUUAUUCUUACAUCUUCUAUGAAUGAACCAUUCCAGAAAUUAUCUUAGAGAGGAUUCCAUUAUGUCUGGUGAACACUCUUAAACAUAAAACAGUAGUGGUUUUGGUUGGUGUCUCCCGAUUGACUAAACCAUCAGCACUCUUGGCAAGGAGUCGUUUGUCUUCAGAGCAUCUGAGUUAUCUGAACCACAUCACAAGAUUCCGUUGGCCUUUGGAAAAAAGAAGUAUGGAGAACUUUUUGAAGCAAACACCUUCCUGGGAUGAAGAUGAUGAAGCAGACAGUGUCAUUUAUCCACUCACAGUGCCUGACACUGACACUGCUCCUGACAGCACCAUUCUGUGGGAGAAUGAUGAAUGGUGUGAUGACAUAGAACCACCAAUUUCAACCAGCAACAAUGAAACACCAAGAAACAGUUUGGAUUCACAAACAUUUGUAAAAACGCCUCUCUCACUUGAAGCAAUGAGGGGUUCCAUUUUUCCGUCAUUUUUAAAUGGAGGUAGGGAUGGGGGUGCACUUGAAAUGAGAUAUUGCACCAUUUCCGUCUGCUCAUCACAAUCAUGCUCUGUUUCGAGAGAAUCAUCAGGUUCAACACCUUUUAUACGGGGUGCAUCCUACUAUCCCAGAGGCAUCAGGCGCAGAGUGUUCUUUUGCACUUCAACCACACACCAGCAGAUGAAUCCCAUUUACUAGGGUGUGAGCAAAAUGAGCACUAUAUGCAUGGUUUUCCAGCAAGAUUUGGUAACAUAGAUAGGCACACUGAAAAUGUACAGACUUACCAUAGUAUCACUCCUGAGGACUCACAAUAUCUUGCCGGUCUGGAAUGUGGCCACAUGCUACCUGCUAUCUCUAGACAGAACGGAUUGCAGCAUCAGGUUUACCACACAUCUGUUGGCAGCUGUGUUAGAAAUUGGGGACAGAUUGAUAAUGGGUUUAGAGGUUCUUCUGGGCAACGGCCCCAACAUGAAACUCCACAUCGGCAUCUUAUUAGGGACGUGCACAACUCAUCCAACCAGAGUGCUGACUCGGGCAUAGUGCAUUCUUCUGGAUCACGGCAGGUGUAUGUGGAUGAUUCAAGGAUGCCCUCUGCCAGGGAGAGUAGCGGCACAAGAUUCUUUCAAGAUUUAGAUUCUGGCCCAAGAAUUCAGACACGAAGUGAAGAUUGUGGCAUUUAUGCAAGUGAUAGCCAUAGUGCUGAGAUUAACCCCCUUUAUGCUGAACAAAGCAGGAAGUCAGGUCCUGGGAUCCCAGAUGAUGUGACGGCACAAAGAAAAAACCCUCACCAUUCAGGGGGACUCUCUGCUGAAGGAAACGCUGACCGCUGGCAGCUAAGCAGAGGUUGCCGAAGCCCUGUGCAACAUUCUGAUGAAAGUCUGGUAAAUUUAGACUCUGGACAGUUUAGCUGCAACUCUUAAUUAUAACCUGCUUUUGCACUUUAUAGCCUUCAGCAAAGCAUUUGACUGAAAAACUUUCCUGUAAUGUUUUUAAUGAGGUGCAUGGUUUACAUGUGAUUGAAAAAAAAAAUGCUCUGAUAGGUUCCAUGUAUCUGUAGUAGAAUUGAAAACUCCUAUCAUCUAUGUAAAUAAAACAGCUAAUAAAGCUUUAAACAAGCAGCUAUGAUUGUACCCAAAGAAAUUGUCAUCCCUAUAGUACUGAUAAUACCCUUGUUUUUUUAAUGUUUGCUGAUAGUUUAGCAGCUUAAAAUGAACUGCAGUGUAGAUCUGACACAAAUUGCUCAUUCUGAAAGUGAAACCAUUACUCAGUAACACAUCAAUAUGUAUCUUUUCUAUUUUAUAAUAUUUAUGAUCUCUUGCAAGAGAAGCUCACACCUUUCAGUGUAUUGUUCAGAAAUCAAAUUUUGUAUUUAAGCAUAAUGAUUUACCGUUCUACAUCUUUGUAACUAUGAUUGAUUCCCCUGCACUCCGCUCUGUUCUAAGGCUAUUUUGAGAGUGUCAUUUGUAGUUUUAUUUCACAGAUCCUUCAUGCUAUCAUGAUCUCUUCCACCAUUCUGUCCAUGAUGUAAACCUGCAUGUUUUGUCAAAGUUGUUCCUUUAUAUUUUUUUAAUCAGUGAAAUAUCCAUACUUUAGUCAACAUCUGGAGUAUGUAACUUUUCUUCCAAUUUGUGCCAUAGUUUUCAAACUUUGUUUUUAUGUUGAUGUAACAGGAUUAGAACUUCAUGUAUUCAUGUAUGUAUAUUGACAUAGAAGAGAACUUUGCUGAAAAAUCAGAAUACAGCAUAUCAAAAUAUAAAUUCAGUGUCUAAUACAUUAAGUUGUUACUCAAAAAAAAAUUACUUAAAGACAUUUUAGCUGUACUACAAC